AUGAAAUCUAUAUUACGAAAAGCCGAACGUAAAGAUGAAAGGCAGAUACUGGAGCUCGUGGCAGAAGUAUUGAAGGAUUUUGGCUUAUCCAUUGAUCCUGAAGGAAUAGAUAAAGAUCUGUCUGAUCUGGAUAAAUAUUACUUUAAUAAUAAUGGUUGGUUCUCAGUAAUAACCAAUGAUGAGGAUACGAUUAUUGGUUGCUGUGGCGUAUUUAAAACGGAUGCAACAAGCUGUGAACUGAGAAAAAUGUACGUUUUGAAUAACUAUCAGGGACAAGGACUGGGGAAAAUGUUGUUGGAAAGUUCACUGGAGAAAGCAAAAGGGUUGGGAUAUAAAGAAAUGACAUUAGAAUCGAAUUUUUUGUUGUACAAGGCGAAUGAUAUGUAUAAAAAGGUCGGGUUCGUGCAAUAUCAGCCUGGUAAUCUUUGUGGCCGAUGUGAUUAUGCAAUGAAGAAACAACUACAGUAG